UUGACCGGAAGCAGUUCCGAGCAGCCGCGGACAGUUUGAAAGCGACUCGACCGAGUUUGACGCGUUUUAACGGAGAACCGGAGAGUUAACGGAGACCCGGAGAGAGUACGGAGACCCGGAGAGAGUACGGAGACCCGGAGAGUUAACGGAGACCCGGAGAGAGUACGGAGACCCGGAGAGUUAACGGAGACCCGGAGAGAGUACGGAGACCCGGAGACCCGGAGAGUUAACGGAGACCCGGAGAGUUAAAGGAGAACCGGAGAGUUCACGGAGACAGGAAGAGAACUGCCAACAUGGCGGACUCCUCCGGACAAUAUGAGCGUCUAACAGCUGAGCAGAUGGAUGAACAGAGGAUCCAGAACGUGGCGUAUCAGUACCUCUGCAGGCUGGAGGAGGCCAAGAGGUGGAUGGAGGCGUGUCUGGGGGAGGAGCUUCCUGCCCCCGCCCAGCUGGAGGAGGGGCUGAGGAACGGCGUUGUUCUCGCCAAACUGGGUCACCGCUUCGCCCCCAACGCCGUCGCCAUGAAGAAGAUCUACGACCCCCAGCAGCUCCGCUACCAGGCGUCCGGUCUUCAGUUCCGUCACACCGACAACAUCAACCACUGGCGCAUCGCCAUGACGACCAUCGGGCUCCCGGCGAUCUUUUACCCAGAAACUACAGACGUGUACGACAAGAAGAACAUGCCCAGAGCUGUCUACUGCAUCCAUGCUCUCAGGUUACCUGUCUCACUCUCUACUGCCUGUCUCACUCUCUACUGCAUCCAU